GUUUCCUGUCAUGUAUUUAAAUGUCUUUGUUGGUGGUUGUUAAAUAAUGUGAGUGAAAGAAUUAACGGAUAAUGUGACACAUGGCCGCCUCUUGUUCGUUUUCACCACGGAGGCGCAUAAGAUGGCUACUCGUCUUCUCCAUCAAUGAUGGCAUCAUCAUCAUCACGCUUUUGCAAUGAAGAGAGCCUCAUAUGUCGCUGGUGGAUUUGGGGAAGCGGCUACUUGAGGCUGCACGGAAAGGCCAGGACGAUGAAGUCAGGACACUCAUGGCCAACGGGGCUCCCUUCACCACAGACUGGCUGGGCACAUCUCCGUUGCACCUGGCCGCCCAACACGGACACUAUUCCACCGCCGAGGUGCUGCUCAGAGCAGGUGUCAGCAGGGACGCCCGAACCAAAGUGGACAGGACCCCUCUGCAUAUGGCCGCUUCAGAGGGCCACACAGUCAUCGUGGAUCUAUUAGUCAGGAGUGGAGCAGACAUUAAUGCCAAAGACAUGCUGAAGAUGACUGCUCUCCACUGGGCCGCCCAGAACGGCCACCAAAGGGUAGCGGAGACGCUCGUCAAACAUGGCGCAGAUGUUCACGCUCUCAGUAAAUUCGAUAAGACGCCGUUCGACAUCGCAGGAGACAUCCAGAAUGCAGACCUUAUGCUCCUACUACAGGAAGGAAUGCAGAACCAGGUGAACAUGAACGCAGAGGCUGGCAUGACGGGGAGCUCGGCCCAGCCUCAGUUUAUCAUCCAGGGCAUCCCAGGGCUCCAGGGGGGCGUGGUCAACCUGGCGGACCUCCUCAACAACGCUGCCAAAGCCAACUCUGGUAGGCUCCAGGGGGGCGUGGUCAACCUGGCCGACCUCCUCAACAACGCUGCCAAGGCCAACUCUGCAGUUGAAUCUGAGGAAGCCAUAGCAGCCAAUUCUUUGGACCCCGGCAGCAUCCAGCACAUGCUGAAUGAGCAAGGUCAAAGGGUUAUCACCAUAGUGACCGACCAACACGGCAACCUGCAGACUGGAGGGCUUGGUCAGCCAUUCUUUGUCACCAUGCAGCACGGACAACAGAUGUUGGCGAUGCCAGCCAAUCAGGUGACAGAGGAGGUGGUUGAUGAGGAACCCCAGCCCCCGCCCUCCCGCAAGAGGAAACUGGAGGCCUCGGCCAACCACAUGGAGUCUGGAGACACGGAGCAGUUACAGAGGCAGCUGCAGGAGGCCAACCGGAAGGCCCAGGAGUACCGGCAGCAGCUGAUGUGCAAGGAGCAGGAAGCAGAGCAGUACCGCAUGAAGCUGGAGGCAAUGUCGCACAGCCAUACCAACGGCACCUCGGAGCAGGAGGAGGUGGUUGGGGGUGAGGAGGAGGUGCAGGAGGAGGUGAUGCUCCAGGAGGGAGACAUCAUCAUCAAGACGGAGGGGCUGGACUCGGCCGAGGAGCAGGUGACGCUGGUGGACUCAGCGCCCUCCCACACCGAGGUCAUCUCAUAAUGUCAGACAGACUGAUGUCACUGACUGAAGGAGAAAUGGACACGUGGACUCAGGCGACAGGCCAGCCUGUUGGUGGUUUCAUAGCUCUUUUGUUAAUUAUUUUUCUGCUAUGUUUUGUUUUUGUACAAUAUUUACUUUUUCUGCCGUUCUAUUUUCCUCAACUGUGUUUAUUUGUGUUUUAUUUUUUACAAAUAGCGAAGCGAGGAGCUGAAUAUAUUGAUUGAGGAGCAGGAACGGGACCUGCUCAGCCUGUGACUCGGUAAGGUUGCCUAGCUGAAGAACGUCUAUGCUCCCUGGGAAAAACGGGGCCUCGGGCGCUCGGUCUCGGAUAUCUAUGGUGUCUGAGACAUGUCAAUGUUGUGUGGGGAAAUGCAUUUUUCAUGGUUCCAACAGCAUGUCCUAAGGUGACCAAGAUGCACAUCCAAAGUUUAUUAGACACGUCCAUCCAUAGAACCAGAGGACAGGUUUGUUGGAGAGAACGCUGUUUUGUCUCAACUCCUUCAGGUCUCAAAAGUCUCCCUCUGCCUCAGUCUUCCAUCCAACCACCCACCACCAUGGGCAAUGGGAAUGGUACUUAAGCAUGCCCACUUCCUAUUUCAAAAUAACCCUCUUACAUGAGAAAUGACAGCGCAUGUAGUUGGCAACAGUCAUUCUCCGCAUGUAUUGGGCUCAUCAUUCACAGUGUAAUAAUGAAUUGUUUCAAAGUUGUGAAUGGCAGUGUUUUGCCUUUCGUGGCACCACGUUAAGCUUUGUCCUCUAGUUGUCGUCAGUGGCACUUCCAUAGUGCGGUAGUGAUUGUAGGUUUACUGUUGAACAAGCCACAACUUUCCUCCCGCUGAUGUUGACACAAAGAUGAACUUCCCAUCGUUUUAAUGCCCCCGUGGCUUUAAUCACUAGUAGCCCCAUUCCCCAGAGACGGACAGGAAUAAGGGUGUCUCAUAAAAUUAACGAUGUUGAUACACUAUAAACAAAAGUAUGUGGACUCCACUUCAAAUGAGUGGAUUUGGCUACUUCAGCAACACCCGUUGCUGACAGGA